AUGCACAGAACGUAUUCUUUGAGAUCCCAGAGGGCUCCUACCGCCGCUCAAUUGCAGCUGCCUCCUCCUCCUCCUUCGUCCACCAAAUCCCGGUUUUUUGGUAAAGGGUCUCUUUCUCACAACUUGAGAAAGUCGGCUGCUGGUGCCAUGGGACCAGAAUUGGCUAGAAAGUUGGCUCAGUUGGUCAAGAUGGAGAAAAACUUGAUGAGAUCUAUUGAGAUUACUUCGGGUGAACGUAAGGAUGUUGCUAAGCAAUUGUCACUUUGGGGUGAGGGAAAUGAUGAUGAUAUUUCCGAUAUUACUGACAAAUUGGGAGUUCUUAUCUACGAGAUUGGUGAGUUGGAAGACCAAUUCAUCGACAGAUACGACCAAUACCGUAUCACCAUCAAGUCCAUUAGAGAUAUUGAGGGCAGUGUUCAACCUUCGCGUGACAGAAAGCAAAAAAUCACCGACCAAAUUGCUUACUUGAAAUACAAGGAUCCUCAAUCUCCCAAGAUUAACGUGUUGGAACAGGAAUUGGUCCGUGCCGAGGCCGAGUCGUUGGUUGCCGAGGCUCAAUUGUCCAACAUUACUCGUGAAAAAUUGAAGACUGCUUUCAAUUACCAAUUUGACUCGAUUCGCGAGCACGCUGAAAAAAUCGCCUUGAUUGCUGGUUACGGAAAGGCAUUGUUGGAAUUGUUGGACGAAUCCCCAGUCACUCCUGGUGAAACCCGUCCUGCCUACGAUGGUUAUGAAGCUUCUAAGCAAAUCAUCAUUGACGCCGAAAACGCAUUGGCUUCAUGGACUUUUGACUCCGCCGUGGUGAGACCAACAUUGUCAUUGGCUGCCCAUGACGAUUACGACGCCGAUGAUUUGGCUGAGGACACCGAAAACAUGCACGUGACCGAGCAGGAAUGGGAGAACGAUGCCAAGGUUGCCGCUUAG